UGCAGCAGACCUCUUGCCCACGGUUCAGGCGGACACGGUUGCAGCAAUGGCCCUGCUAAAGUCGAGCAAAAUUAUCGCAACAGUUGGCGCUUAUACCCCAGCUUUGGGAGUGCUACCACUCCGCGCAAGCUCAUGGUGGUCAGAAGUACAGAUGGGCCCUCCCGACCCCAUCCUGGGGGUGACGGAGGCUUUCAAGCGUGAUACCAACCCCAAGAAGAUGAAUCUUGGAGUGGGGGCUUAUCGUGACGAUAAUGGCAAGCCCUACGUGCUCAGCUGCGUUCGCAAGGCUGAGGCUCAGAUUGCUGCUAAAAAGCUGGAUAAAGAGUAUCUUCCCAUUGGAGGACUUGCAGAAUUUAACAAGGCCUGUGCUCAGCUGGCUCUUGGAUCUGACAAUGAAGUCCUCAAGAGUGGCAGAAGCAUCACCGUGCAGUCCAUUUCGGGGACCGGAUCUCUGCGGGUUGGGGCCAACUUCCUGUCCCGGUUCCACACUGCAACCCGUGAUGUGUACCUGCCUAAGCCCUCCUGGGGCAACCACACGCCCAUCUUCAGGGACGCAGGCAUGCAGCUGAAGGCUUAUACAUACUAUGAUCCAAAGACCUGUGGCUUUGACUUCAAGGGAGCCCUGCAUGACAUCUCAAAAAUCCCAGAGAAGAGCAUCAUUGUACUACACGCAUGUGCUCACAACCCCACAGGAGUGGACCCCCGGCCAGAGCAGUGGAAGGAGAUGUCUGCUGUUAUUAAGAAAAGAAAUCUGCUGGUGUUCUUUGACAUGGCCUACCAGGGUUUUGCUAGUGGGGACAUCGACCGAGACGCGUGGGCUGUGCGCCACUUCAUUGAACAAGGCCACAACGUUGUUCUCUCCCAGUCCUUUGCUAAGAACAUGGGUCUGUAUGGUGAACGUGUGGGCGGCUUCACUAUGGUGUGUAAGGAUGCGGAGGAGGCCAAGCGUGUGGAGUCACAGCUGAAGAUCCUCAUUCGUCCCAUCUACUCCAACCCUCCGAUGAACGGAGCUCGCAUCGCAGCGACCAUCCUCAACACGCCCGAACUCUACAAGGAGUGGCUUGUGGAGGUGAAAAGCAUGGCUGACCGCAUCAUUAAGAUGAGAGACCUGCUCGUAUCAAACCUUAAAAAGGAGGGAUCCACUCACAACUGGCAACACGUUACUGACCAGAUCGGAAUGUUCUGCUUUACUGGCCUCAACCCUGAGCAGGUGGAGCGUCUGACUAAAGAUUACUCUGUCUACAUGACAAAGGAUGGCCGUAUCUCUGUGGCAGGGGUAACUUCAGGAAACGUCGAAUACCUGGCACAUGCAGUCCACGCAGUCACCAAGUGAAGUCUCUGCCCCCCUAGCGGAAGUAUACUGUAGUAGCAGCAGACGUGGGAUGUUGGAGUUGCACAGGGCGAUGUAGUUCACAACUUGCUCUCCUUUCACAGCAGGGGUAGAAAUUAAGUCUAUACUGUCAGCUCAUUUUGUUGGUGUAAUUUUUGUUCACCUGUCAGAACCCAAGAAAACUUUGAAAAUAGGAAGCACUACACCAAUCAUGCUUUUGAAAAAACGUAUUGUAAUUAUGUAACUGUCACACACAAGAGAAGUUUCCCAAAAAGCAUAGCUUAAUAAUGGCUAAUUUUCUCGGCUUGAAAAGUUAACUAUACCAAUAUUUUGAAUCCAAAGACAAUAUGGGGAAACUACGUUAAGACCAACACAAUACUUUUAGUUCCCUGAAUGCUAUUACUGAUUUUGUAUUAUUUUGCACUAGAAGUAUUGAAACUGUUGUGUCCCUUUUGAGCCAACAUUACAACCAAAUACUUUGUUUGUUUAGACACUGGUGUUCUUUGAUCCAGCAGUGGUUAAUUAUGCAAUACCAACGAAGCAAAGGCACUUUUCAGGAGACUGUGUGCCUGUCAUGACUGUGGAGCAGGCAUGACCAGUUGGCCACAGAGGGGUUUUUGGGUUUUUUUGGGACAUGCUUUUGUGGUGUGCACUUUAUUGAAACAUCAAAGCACUGUUUUAUCUCUUAUGGCUCCAUUAAGUUUGCUAAACCGUUGAAAGUAAUCCUUCAUUCAGAGGACCAGGGUGAAACUUGGCCUGCAUUUUUCACCUUUGCCCAAAGAUCCCUCUGUUUAUUCAGUGAGUGAAAUAAUGACCCUUAAUCAAGUCUACUUGUAAAUACUUUACUUUUAGUCUAGUGUUUUAACAUCAGCACAUAUUGAGGACAAAGAAACAAACAUCUAAUGAUUAUUCAGUUCUUCAUUUUUGGGUGGGAAAAAUCCCUUUCGUGUUCAUUAUGUGAAUAUAAAAGUUGCUUCUAGUGUGCUUGGUCACCUUUUUGCUCAAAUUUGCUAUCCAGUUGUAAGGAAUGAUAUAGUGACACCGAUGAGUCCUAGACCAUUAUGUUUAAAAAGUGUCCUCAGAGGAUUAUUGUUUUCUGUGUUAAGUCUAAUGUAAGGAAAAUGUAUGUCGGUGGCCCCUGCCCAGUACCUGAACAGUCUAUCUUUACUUUAGGGUAUUUUUGUCUUCUCUCAUGGUUGAAUGCAUAAUUUGUUUAAUUUCCAGCAAAGAAACUAUUUAUAAUGACAGUGUGUUCAAAUAAUUUUAAAAAUUCCAAAAGCAGACUACUAAUGUCAGUUUUUCCAGUUUUUCUCAUUACAGAUAUAGACCAUCUCAACAAAAUGUCAAAAGACUUGUACCUUAUUCAGUUAAAUCAAUAAAUGUGAGCUCAACAAUUCUUA